GAGAGAGAGAGAGAGAGAGAGAGAGAGAGAGAGAGAGAGAGAGAGAGAGAGAGAGAGAGAGAGAGAGUUGUGUUUAAGGUAGCAGACUUGGAGUGCUUAACAAGCCAAUCAAUGACUUGAUCAAUGUUGGUAGAGUUCUUGCAAGAUAUCAUGAAGCAGCAUACUUCUCUAUUGAGCCCCCUGUUGCAAAGAAAAACAUCUUCACACAAUCCAAGUCUUUUUUUUGUUUGUGUGUUUCAUUCAGGUUUAAAAAGAGAUUUAACAUUUCCUCGGUUAAGUCAUCUUUGGAGAGAGCUCCAGGCUUAUCGAUUUUGUUACCAAGGACAAGAAGAGGGAUGCCGUUAAGCGAGGUCUUGCUCAACAGAUCAUGGAGCUCGCUUUUGGAGACACAAAGGUUGUAUGUGGAAGCGAGGUUGACCACCGAGAUCCCAGAGUUUGAUAGUGACACUUUCUUUUGUCACUUUCCUCAUGUUGAACCCAACCGUAGGAAUCAUGUCUUCACUGUAUCCACCGGUCUGAACAACAAAGAGGAAAGAGAAGAGUAUCAAUCAAAUAAAAAGAUUUGAUUGGGCAGAGAGAAGUUCGGAAGAAAGAAGAUUUGAAUUGGAAGCGCUGCACUUAUACGCUCCAUUUCAGCCGGUAAUGGAGAGUAGUUUAGAUGGGUUUACAUAUGGGCUUUUAGGCCCACUUUAAUGGGUUAUUAUACAAUGAUAAAGUCUAUCUCUGCAGUGUCCCCCUCCAUUCUGGUAUUUUAAGGUAAUUUCUAGAUAAUGCAUUCUCGUUUGGUUAUGGGACUUUUCUUUUUUUAAACAUAUGUAGUAAUUAUUACAACUAUUUAAAGCUUACCAUCAAGUAAUUUUUUUUGGUUAAAAAUUUUCUAGAUUUAAAUUGCAUAUAUUUUAUUUAUACUGUAUUGUUGUGAGACAAAUGUGAUCCAUCAGUCACUCAUGCAAACAUUCAGCAAAUAGUCUAAUAAAGACACUUGAUAGGAUUACAAUAUCAAGGUGAUGUUUUCCAAAUUUAGUAAAAUGGUCAAAACACUUUCGUGUGAAGAGCAUGUCGAAUAUUGUAUAUAACUUCGUACGCUUUAGUAAAGUAUGUAUAUAUUUGAUCUCUUUUUUUUUUUUUUUUUCUUAGUGAAAAACGUAAAACCAACAAAAGAAGAAGAGCGAGUCAAAUAUAGAAAGCAGGGAAAAACGGCUUAAGAUACGUUACUCUAAUCACUCUCCUUCCUUCACCCAAAAAAAAAAAAAAAAGAACAAUGUGGCCACAAGCUAUCCUUACCUUAGUAAGUAAGUCAAACACACCCAGAAGAAAGGCAAUACAAUAACCAAAUAUUUAUAACAAAUGUAGUCUCAUAAAUCUCUUUUAAUCCCCCAAAAGGAUAUGUGAAAAUAAACUAGUGACAUGAUUUUCGAUCAUCAUGACAAAACCAAGAAUACUCGGAGUUCUGUUUCAGCUCCUCUUAACGGCCGUGAUUUCUCCGGUUUUGUCGGUUCACAGUUUACCGGACGGUGGAGAUCAUGACCGGUUUAAGAGACGCGACCCUCUUAACAGCUUUAGGUAUUACAACGGAAGUUUCAACGUUCAAGACAAACAUUAUUGGGCAGCUACGUUUUUUACCGGAAUCCACGGUUACGCCUUCGCCGGAGCGUUUCUUAUUGCCGGCGUAUGCUUGGGUCUUUACGCAGCUUUCUUCAACAAAAGAAGACGUGUUUCUUCCACGCAACGUCGAUAUCUUGACCGUUACUAUCUUCCUCUCUUCUUACUUCUUCUUCUCUUCAUGUCACUCUCAGUGGCAGCGACAGGGAUAGUGAUAGCAGCCAACCAAAGCUCGAAGUCCAGAACAGAGGAGAUGAAAGAAACCAUAGACAAAACAGGAGAAGAUGUAGACAGAAACAUACGUACCGUGAUAACGUCGCUGACGAGGAUACAGUACCUGUUGCUUCCCUACGAUCAGACAACGACUCAUCUACUCAAUGUCACUAGCCAUCGACUCAAAAAAGGAUCUCAGCUUAUUCAAAGCUUUGUUCACCAUAACGGUCCUACCAUUGAUCUCGCCAUCCAAAUCUCGUAUGUAACUCAUCUUGUGAUUGCAUCGACCAACUUAUUCGUUCUCCUUCUAGCCCUCGUUCCUAUCUUGCUUCAUUGGCACCCUGGAUUCAUCAUGGUGAUAUUCUUGUGUUGGAUAUUAACAACUCUUUCUUGGGCUCUAACUGGUUUCGAUUUCUUCCUUCACACAUUCGCAGAAGACGUUUGCUCAGCGUUCAGUGGCUUUGUGCAAAACCCACAAAACAGUACACUGACAAAUAUUUUUCCUUGCAUGGAUCCUCUUCAUUCUGACAAAACCCUAAUGGAAGUCAGCUUAAUGAUCCGUAACUUCAUCACCGAGUUAAACUCAAAAGUAGCAAGUUCAAUGCGGUCUUAUGCCUUGACUGACCGGAGUAGAACUGUAUCAUCGUCGGCGCCGCCGGAGUCUGGACUGAUAUGUGAUCCGUUUUUAGGACAACAGAUCAACAGCUACACACCACAAAGCUGCUCCAACGGCGCCAUUCCAAUCGGCCAAUUCCCAAAUGUUCUUUCAAGAUUCACAUGCCACGACAAAGAUCCACCGGAAACCUGCAGAAUCACCGGCAAAUUCAUCCCGGAAGCAGCUUACCUAAAGGUCUAUGCUUACAGCAACUCAGCUCAGGGGAUGCUGGACAUAUUGCCUUCUCUUCAAAAUCUAAUGCAAUGCCUUCACGUGAAAGACACGUUAUCGAGCAUCGUCUCUAACCAGUGUAAACCCUUUAGGGCUUCAAUGUAUCGGCUCUGGGCGUGCAUGCUUGCUCUCUCUCUUAUCAUGAAGGUUACGGUUCUGCUCUUCCUCGCUAGAGCUUACCAAGAGAGAGGAAAGAGCUUUGCUUGGUUUUCGAUUCAUCCAACUUCCGAAGAAGAAGUAAGACAAGUGAAUAUAUAGUGGUGAAUGUGUGUAUGUAUAUCAUUAUAGAUUUUGUUUUGUAUUUACAUUUUUUCUUUCUGGAUGAAACAUACAAUAUAUUUUUAAGAAAUGUAAAUAUGACAUUGUAUCAAACAUUUGUAAUAAGUGUUACUCAACAGGUAUUUGUCUACGUA